CACUCCUCAUACUUCAAUUCCCAAAGACCCAAACCCAAAACCCUUCUUCGACUCUGCUACUUCCUACAGCUGAGUCUGCUAAUGCCGCGAUGAUAGAGUUUGCCAUUGCCGAGUAGAUUCUUGAUAUUUUGUUGCUGUCCUUCUCCUCUUCUUCGCCGAGUAAUAGUGUGAGAGUGUGAGGUAUGAGUGACCCAGUGUCUGAUGAUGACUCUGACGACAAGGAUAUUGGAGAGAGUAGUUCUUCACAGCCACCUAAAGACUUCUCUGCUCCGUUUGGGGUCGCUUAUCAUGCCAUUGGACAAGAGUUCUACCCAGUGUAUCAAGAAAGAUGUGAUAAUGCAAUUGCAUCGGCAAACAAGUACAAAAGGGAUAAUGUAGAUGUUACUUCCCCUGAUGCUAUCUUUCUCUUACAACCACUCUAUGAACAAGGUCUGAUCCCAAACAUGGGUAGCUUUGACAUUAAGCCUUAUUUGAACGUUUCGGCUUUUUGCAUGAGGCGAUUGUGUAACGUAUUGUGUCAAAAGGGGAUGGCACUUACAAUUAAUGAGUCUCUUAAAGCUAUCGGCGGUGGUAGGAUAAGUGUGCGUGGCUGGAUUAAUAGAGACCCUCUCUAUCUUGUAAAAAGGGCUGAAGGGGAAAGCAUUGUGAAACACGGGGAGGAUGAUUAGUCAAUGGCUUGGAAAGCUCCUAAGACAUAUUAUAUCCUUUUUUAUAUCUAUGGUGGAUAUAGCCAUUCUUUAUGGCUUUUUAUUUAUUUGGCUUAGACUUCAUUUCUACUUUCUAUCACUUUUUCAUUUUUUUAUUCAAAUAGCAUUCAUAACAGUCUUUCCAUGCAUUAUGUGUGAGGGAUAUCAUAUUUUAUGAUAAGAUGAUAAACAACUUAUGUUAGA